AGGAAAAAAUUGGUGCAAACAAAGCAAACUUCACGUCCGCCAAUCAUCUUUCAGCAACGCGUCGGCGACGAUUGUCUCCCUUGAGCGCGCAGAGUGAAUACAUCUGGAAGUCUCAACAUUCAGCCCCGACAACAAAUCAUGGUGUUUGAUGGAUGAAGCAGAUCGGCAAAGCAUCUGCAGCUGGUGGCCUAGUAGAGAGUCUGUCAUGAUCGCAGCACUGACGACAACAUGGGCCGCUAUUUAACGCCAGCGAAAGUUACAUUACUCGUGGUGGCCUUGAUCUAUGCAGAGGAUCUCGUCCCAACAUCAGCAGCCACAACUGUGUUAACAUUCCUGCUCAGCCAUAUCACACCGACAUCCAAAGUCUCUGAAUCUUCGCUUGAAGGCACGGGGAACGAUUAUGCAUUGCCGGUAUCAUUGUUCGAGUCCACCCUGGCCCCUCACCCCUCCGCGUGGCGGCCAGGACGAUCGCUAUACGAUCUCCUACUAAGAAGACUAUGGACGAUCGAUUGCUCCCAUGCUCUUGACGCCUUCAUCACCAACCUGCCAUGUCUCUUAACAAAGACGAGGGAACAGAUCUUGCGCGAACGCGAGACAGGAGAAGAGUCCGACCAACCUCACGGCCGCAUUCUCCGAACAUCACCUCUUGGCGCCUUCAUCCGUCGCUGUCAUCUAGAGUACACGAGGCUGCAAUUCCAAGACAGCAUCGCGCUCUGGCAGGACUUUAUCUCCUAUAGACUACCAACCCGACAGGCCUUCGAGAGGAAGAACCCUGCCGACGCCAGAACAGGGCUCGAUCUGAACUUCGCCCAAAUGCAACUCGAUUCCACACAUCCUCUCGCACAGAUCAUGUAUGGUCGUCUCGCCGACGAUGACGAAGACCACGUUGGGACCGGCACGUUCAGCAUCUACGACGUCGAGAAGCUCAUGGAAUUUCAGGUCGCAGAGCUGCAGCGACUUGGCGGCCGCUUGCCAGAUGGCAUGAAGACGAGACUGGAUCAGAUGGCCAAGUCGGGCACAGUCAUACCCAAGCUGGGCCACUAUCUGAGUUUCCUGGAUUCGUGGCGGGCCGGAGAUUUCGCGUCCGCACUGGACAAUCUGCACCGCUACUUCGACUAUGCCAUGCAAACCCGCGAACGGGCAUUCUAUCAGUACGCGCUUCUGAAUCUCGCCAUCCUGCAGGCAGAUUUUGGUUCUUACGCCGAAGCAUUGCCUGCGAUGCAGGAAGCCAUUGCUGUCGCUCGUGAGAACAAAGAUAUCACAUGCCUCAACUUCUGCAUGAGUUGGGUGUACCACUUCGGCCGGUCAUUUCCGCAAGAGAGGAAACCCAUAGGAAACACUGGCAUUCUUGGAAGCGAGGUCGAAGGAUUGGCGUUCCUCAAGUCUAGAGCAAAGGAUGCUGAGAUGUGGAGUCUAUUGAGCACGACAUUGCUCAGCGAGGCCAAGCUCGGUCUGCAGUACGGGGAUAGUCUGGCGACUGUCUUCGAGAACAUCACUAAAGCGUCGCAUCUGAAUAUUGUCAAGUCAGCGCAGAGCGUCACGGGGCCGACUUUGCUCAUGAAGGGUGCUGCGUACAGUCGUGUCGGAUUGACGCAUUUGGCUUGGUGGUGCGGUCAGGCCUUUUUACAGUGUCACGCCAAAGAUGCGCCGAUCGAGGACUUGCUGAAAUGUAAUUGCCGCAUGGCUGGUCUACUUGUCCAGCGAGGUCGCUACAACGAAGCCACCGAGAUGCUCGACAGUCUUCCGCCUCAUGUUCUGAGGGUGUUGAAGUUUCAGAACUACUUAAACUUCUAUGCCGGAAUGCUCAAGGUCCGUAGGUUUCUGCAUCGUGAUGACCUCGAUGCGGCGGAGCAUUUACUUGAGCGUCUGCGCGGCCAAGGCGUCCCAGAAGCAGAGAUUGGUUUCACCCUCUCGUUGUUGGAGAUUGACCUGUUGAUGCGUCGCGGAAAUCUCGAGAAGGCACUCAAUACAGUGGAGUACGUGGUGCACAAUAUGCAUCAGGAGGUUAACGAUGUCGCGGUUCAAACUCGCCUGAUGAACCUCAAGGCCAGGAUUCUGGCGGAGAGUGGACAUGCACUAAAGGGAUUUUCCCUGGUGAUGCGAGCGGCCCAAAUUGCGUAUCGAGGGAGGAUCUUACCCUCUUUGUGGGAAUCAGUUGGGUUUCUCGCAAACAUUCUUAACGACUUGCAGGAGUUCGAGGCUGCUGCAGACCUGUUGCAGGCAGUAUUGCCGCAGGUGCUGGAGUUUCAGGAUUGCGAGAUGGCUGCUCGAUCGCAUGCAGUGCUGGCGGAUUCGAAUAUGGGAAUGGCUGGAAUCGAACAAGAUCAAUCCACAAAGCAGAAGGAGUUCAUCAGCAGAGCCAUGGAAAAUAUUGAUCAUGCGUAUCUUCAAUUUCGAUACAUUGAAGACUUGAGGGGUCAGCUGGAGAUGCUCAAGAAGAAAGCAACCAUCAUGCACUGGCGCGGAGAUUUGACCUUGGCCAACGACAUUGCCACUCAAUAUCUCGAGCUGGAAAAGCAAUACAGGUCCCAGCGGGUUUAGCUUGCAACGGGUCGAAGUGAACAACGAUCCACCUUGGCGGCCAAGGUUGUGUUUGUAUGAAAUGAUGAUCGAUGCAUUCUAGCAGUACCAUGCUACGAAUUUGUUCGUGCGUGCUCCUGCUCAACUCCAUAUAUACAUAGACGGGACAUCAACAUUCGAGCCGCCAAAAAUUGUCUCUUGCGUAAUAUCUAGGUCUGCUUGUCCUUCUUGUGGUAGUUGACCUUGUCGUUCCAGAAGAUGUUCUUUGUCCGGA